UUGUCAAAUUUUAUUGCAAGUGGCUUCUCUAUUCCAUGGUAGAUUUUUACUUAUUAUACUCUAUGAAACAAUUCAAUAUGGCGAUUUUAUACUUGUCAUUUUGCUGUGAUGGUGAUAAUUGUUCGUUGCGUAGGAAAUAUCUCAAUUAGUACGUAAUAAAAUGGCAGAUACAGGUCUUCGCAUGAAUUUUGCGGCAUUGAAACGGGCAGACCCAUAUGCAAAAGAAAUAAUAGAUAGUGCGACGCACGUCGCACUUUAUACUUUUGAAGAAAACGAAUGGGAAAAGACCAACAUUGAAGGUGCUUUGUUUGUGUACUCCAGAAAUGGAGAGCCUUACCAUAGUUUAGUUAUAAUGAACAGGUUGAAUACUAGUAAUUUAGUUGAACCUGUAUCAAAAGGUAUUGAACUGCAACUAAAGGAACCAUUUCUUUUGUAUAGAAAUGCGAAGUGUCGUAUUUAUGGAAUAUGGUUUUAUGAUAAAGAGGAAUGUGUAAGGGUAGCAACAAAACUGAAUUCCUUGGUAAAAGAUUCUAUGAAAGGACCAAAUGAAAUUCCGCAGUCAACAGCAUACACUGCACCACCACCCGCAAGUGCUCCCGUUGACAUAUUCACUAUGCUCAGUAAAGCGCAAGAUGACUUCAAUUCAAAUAAAGGUGUGAUUUCAAAUAAACCUGAGUCUGCAGUUCCUAGACCACCUGACAUGACAUCACAAAGUGUAAUGGAUUUCUUUGCUAAGGCUGGAAGUGGAGCAGCAGUACAAAUGCCUUCUGUGUCAUCCCUUCCAUCUCCUGGUAUAUUUGGGCCACGGCCAAAUGAUGCUAGAGAGACGCCUAUGUUGCUGCAGCGGCUGAUGAGCAACCCAGCCCAUUCGGUUGAACAUAUUGAAAAACAACAAAGGUCUGUUACACCACAAGAAGGACAUACAAUUAAUGGUAAUAAUUCUAUAGAUCCAAUGAUGAGUCAGACUGGAUUUCAGUUAAAGUCAACUCCAAUGGAUAAACAGAACCAACUAAGGACACCAAAAUUAAAAAAUUUACAGCAUAUUGAGGGUGAUAUUAAUUGUCCUAACCCCCUGGAGAGUGAAUUAAAUCUAAUGAAUAUAUCAUCUCCAAAGCCUUCAUCGCCUCUAGCAACAUAUUUGAACCAGUCAGAAAUUGUUCAUGUGACCCCAUACAAUAGUGCUAAAUUAGAGGAUUUAGGGAUGACCCCUAUAAUGAAUCCUUUUCCUAAUCAGCCUAAGCCUGCAUUGAUGCCACCAACAAUGUUUACAGCUACUACAAGCUGUGAAGUUCAAUCUUCACCAGAACAUUUAACAAGGAAUCAACUUCUUCAAGCUUUUAAUUAUUUACUUAAACAUGACUCUGACUUUGUAAAUAAGUUACAUGAAGCUUAUGUAAAAUCUUUUUCAGAAAAAGCCUUUUCAGUUUCAUAAAAUUUCUUACAAACUUAUCAGGAUACAAUAAUGUACAGUUGUAAUUUGAAGAUUGAAUUCUCUAAAAUGUUGUGUAGAUCCAUUAGUAAUGUAGUAAAUUGGUUGAACAAUUUUUUAAUAAGUUUAAACCCAUCGACUGUGACACUGUACAGAAUUAAUUUUAGUAUUGCAACAUUUCUAUUCGGACAAGUCA